AUGCUCUAUGAAUCAUUGGAGCGACCAAUGGUAAGUGGAACGGGCCCAGCACCAAAUCAGGCCGACACUGUAACAUUCUGGCGUGGCCUGUGGUCAGAGCCCGUAAACCACAGCGAGAGCCCUUGGACGGAAGUUGUGGCGAGCUUCGGCAACCGAUACAAAAUGAUGCUGGAAUCUUUAGAAGGUCAAGAUCCACACAUGAUACAGCUUCUAGUGUUUUCUUUCUGCGAUCUCAUCGCGAAAACAUAA